AUGACAGAUACCUCCUCCCUCGCCAUCACGCACGCCACGACGGAUUCUCGCCCCGACGAAGAAGAGCCGUACACCAUCAAGUGCAUCUGUCAGUUUGACGAAGAUGAUGGUAACACGGUAUUCUGCGAAGGGUGUGAGACAUGGCAGCACAUCAUCUGUUACUACCCUAAACAUAGGGUCCCUGAUGUGCACAACUGCGUCGACUGUGAGCCUAGGCCUCUGGACGUCCGUCGCGCUAUCGAGCGCCAGCGGGCAGAGAGUGUCAAAGAGCGAAGUGAGGACGGUGACCGGAAAAAGCGACCGAGUGCGAAGGCUACAAAGAAGAAGGGCAAGGAGGGCGACGUGAAUGGGUUUGGCCAUCAGCGAAGCGAGUCAAGGGCACGCGAUCAGCCGCCGUCCAAGAAGACCAAGACUUCCCACCGCUCAUCCGCGUCCAUUAGCGCUCUCGCGGGUACCCAGAUCCUUCCCUCGGAGACCCGUAAACGUCGUUCAUCAACAUCCAUUGCUCCCAGCCCCACUAAGCCUUCUGGCCCUUCCAUCCCGCUUUAUUCGAACGAAUUUCUUCACCUUUACGACCGAGACGAUGAACACGUGGACAUGGAUAGUAAUCUGUUUGUUAAUGUGAACCUAGUUGGUGAUACCGCUUCGUGGGUCAAAGAUCCCGAGGCCUUGAAGCUGGUGACCAAGGGGAGCACUGAGGAAACGUUCAACUGGUCUGAUGCGGCUUUGGAUCGAUCGCGUUGGCCGAAUUUGACCACCGACGUUAUCACGGGCCCUUCGCCUGAGAUGGGCGGGCCCCAACCGACUUGGAAGAUUUUAAAAACCCAGAAUCCUGUGCAGAAAGAUCAGAUCGUUGGGGAAAUCACGGGUAAGGUUGGCCUGUUCAAAGACUACUGCCUGGAUCCCAAGAAUCGGUGGCAGGAAUUGCGACAUCCCGAACCCUUCGUUUUCUUCAGUUCUCACCUUCCUCUUUACAUCGACAGCCGCCACGAAGGCAGUGUUCUUCGCUACACCCGUCGGUCGUGCAAUCCCAACGUCACCAUGAAAAUAUUCAUCACCAACGAUGUCGAGUACCACUUUUGCUUCGUUGCCAAGGAGGAUAUACCCCCCAACUCAGAGAUCACCAUUAUGUGGUAUGUGGACUCAUCUCUAUCUGGGUCACCGGACUCUGAAUUGCCCGAGUCAUCGAAUGGGGUGGUCAAGCAGGAGUCUGGUGACAGUACGACUGAGGCUGCGGCCAUCACCACCGAAGCUGCUGCUAUUUGCAUAAGUAACACACUCGCGAAUUUCGGGGGCUGUGCCUGUGGUAUGCCUCGGAGUUGUCUACUUGCGAAAUUGGAUUCCCGGCGGCAUCCUAAAUCACUUGAGUCUGGUGUCAAGCAGGCGAACGGUAAGCGGAGGAGGGUCAAAGCGAAGUCCAUCGCGUCGCCUCGCGAUACAAGUCGCACUUCCAUCAGUCGUGCUGGAAGCGAGACGACCAAACAUGCAGAAGACGAUGAAGUCGCCGCGGAAUCUCGAUCCACCUCGGGCUCCGCACGUGGUCACCCUCGAAGCCGUGACACCAGUCCUGUCAUUGCGGAGUUGUCUACUCGUGAAAAGCGUAAGAUUGCAGAUGCCGAGAAACAUUUCCAGCAAUUGGAGCAACAAGAGCAUCGCCCAGGGCAGAAGAAGAAGAAACGUGUCAGUGGGCCGUCGACGCAGUCACCUGCACCUGUGGCAAGCUCCACCCAAACCGGAUACUUUCCUUCUCAGCCGCGCUCAGCCAAGUCACUCCGUCUUGAUCCCGCUGGCCAAUCUCGCUCUCCGACAUCAGCGCUGUCCCCUGGAUCUUUCCCCCCCUGGUCGUCAUGGAUCCCCUCGAAAAACGUCCAGAUCAAGCACUCCAUUCUCUCGCACUACGCAUAA